CAGGGAUUGAACUUGUGUCCUUAUGGAUACCAGUUGGGUUCAUUACCACUAAGCCAAAAUGGGUACUCCCAAACAUCACUUUUAAUACUUAGAAAUAAUCUACCGCGUGGAUAUUCCAUGGGUCACCUAACCUUUCCCCCUUUUACUCGGAUAUUGAAAUUGUUUCCUGACAGCUGUGGUCUGGUGGAGAAAAGGGAAGGCGGCUGCAAGGCAGAGCCGGGACAUAAUAGUCUGGCACCUAGAAUCUGGUCCUGGAAGCUUUCUAGGGGCCAGUUACACGGCAGUUGGUUUUUGUGCCAGGUCACAUUCCUGGGCUUGAGGAACAUCAAGGCACAUCUCACUGGCUUCUCAAAGUGCCCAAAGGUUCCUGAAUUGAGCCUGGAGGAAACAGGGAGAGGGGCCCUGAGAACAGAGACGGCCAGACGUGUGACCCCUGAGCCAUUUACAGUUCAAACACACAUUGCAACAGCCAUGUUUGAGAUGGCAACAGGGCCCCUCACUUGAAUGUUUUUCCCAUAAUAUAAGUCCUUUUGGUAGCCUACCUUCUGGUGGGGGUGGGGGCAUUGCCUCAGACAACCUGGCCAUAGCCACCUGGAGCAUCUGGGGACCCAAGUCCUUUCCACCAAGGCCUGCAGGAGGGGGUCUCUUUCAGUCCACAACAGAGUGGGCUCACCUACCCAAUAGAGGCUGGGAGAACCUUGGUGGGCAUAUUUUUUUCCAGCAGCUUCUACCCUGGUUGGAGACCACUUACUCUGACUGCUGAAGCCCCUUUUAAAUUUAAAGAUCUGUGUUUCAACAACACAGCAGUCACUGAAGUCCUACUAUGAGCCGGGGACAGAGAAGUAGCCCCACUGACAACAUGCCUACUAUGUGCCAGACACUGGGCUUCCUGUGCCUGAUCUCACCCAUGUCACCACCCCAUUUGAGAGAGGGUGGCUGUUGGGGAACCCUACCACAUGGCCCUUGUCUGUAACACUCCCCUUUAGGGAAGAGCCUUCCGAAGUGGGCUUCAGGCACCACGUGACACCCAGUAACUGUGCAAGAGGCUCUGGAUUAGAGCCAAGGAGUUCAGUAAACACCACCUCUUUGGGCUGGUGGGGGCAGAGCUUGAGGCUAGAGGUGACAAGGUCUUACUUGUGGGAUUUGAGUUUCUGAUGGACAGCAAUCACUGCUGGGCCUUCCCAGCUGGAACCGGAGCAGGCGCAGGGCCAGGGCCUGCCGCCCUCUGGGCAGGUAUAAAAGCCAGGGAGGAGGGCUGGAGCCCGGAUGGGGCAGAGGUGCCAGCCGCCCUCCAGGGACCAGGGUGCAGAGCGAAAACUGCUUCGUACAGAUCACCGGGUGACAUGGUCAGUUCUGGAAGUGAACCCCCUCUCUGUGGGAUCCAGGAGAAGCCUUAGGGGAGCUGUCAGGCUGGACAGGCUGGACAGGCUAGAGGAGGACACCAGAAGCCGAGACUCGGCAGGGUGCUUCCUCCCUGGCAGGGCUAAGGCCUCACUUACUGCCCUCGGCUGGGCUUGGACAGCAGAAUGAAAGGUCUCCGCUGGCGUUACACCCGGCUGCCCAGCCAGGCGGAGAACGCUCUGUCUGAGGAGGAGGGUGAGGAAGAGGAAGACGAGGGGGACACAGUGCCAGCCCCAGCUCCUGCUCCUGAAGAUCCUGUGGAGCCCCAGCUGGCAGAGGCCAGCCAGGUUCUGGGAGCCUCGGAGAUCAGGCAGCCCCACCCCCAGCUCAGCCUUCACCUCCCCCCGAGAGUCACUGGACACUCCUGGAGUCUGGCCUUCUGCACAUCGAGGAACGGCUUCAGUCUGCGGAGCCUGUACAGGCAGAUGGAGGGCCACAACGGGCCAGUGCUGCUGGUGCUGAGGGACCACGAUGGCCAAAUGUUUGGUGCCUUCUCCUCCUCGGCUAUUCGACUCAGCAAGAACUUCUACGGUACUGGCGAGACAUUCCUCUUCACCUUCUCUCCACAGCUGAAGGUCUUUAAGUGGACAGGAAGCAACUCUUUCUUUGUGAAAGGAGACUUGGAUUUACUGAUGAUAGGCUGUGGCAGUGGCCACUUUGGGCUGUGGUUGGAUGGAGACUUGUAUCAUGGGGGGAGUCACCCCUGUGCAACCUUCAACAAUGAGGUGCUGGCCCGGCAGGAGCAGUUCUGCAUCAAGGAGCUGGAGGCCUGGGUCCUGAGCUGAAGCCCUCAUGGUGGGCAGCUUCCCGAGGCAACGGAUGCUUGAACCUGCCCUGGAUGCCGGUGAGGCCUCCUUCACAGAGGGCAGUCUAUUCUGUCCAACACACAGAUGACCAAGUGUCUUAGUGUGGAUUGUGGCUGUAAGCGAGCCCCCUGUCACCUGAGGACCAAGAAUGGUGACAGGCAAUGUUCUCCUGGAGGGCAGACUUUGAAGGACAGAAGGACAGAAGGACGCUUAUACUCACCAGAGCAGCACAGAAUCCCUCAUGAGAAUCACCUUUUUCGAAAUUACACGGUACAUGUUUAUUGUAGUAAAACCAGAAGAUUUAAAAAUUUUAAAUUGCCUCCCUUCAAAAUUCAGUCACUCUCCAAAACACAUUUUCACGUAUAUCCUUCCAGACAAUUUUCCAAGGAGAUAUAUAUAUAUAUGUAUAUCUUAUAAAAUGGGAUUCUAGUCUACAUAUUUUAGAAGUUAUUUUAACCUAAAGAAUAUUGUCAAAUCACAGACGCUUGGAUUCGAGAGUGAAAUUAAUAAAGACUCCAGCAGCAGCCUUCUUUCCCCAGGACAGUGAGGGCUUUCCAUUUGCUACCAGUGUGCCAGGUGCUUACAAAUCUCUGAAUCCACGAGGAAAAUAUGAAAGCAGCAAAUGAACAAUAUGCAUAUUUGGGUAAAGAAGAAGAAAUUCUGUAAAUGGGAACCUUAGGAAGGUUGAAAAGGAGGAAGGCAAAACAGGAUCUCAGAAAAACUAGGAAAUAAAAAAGUAAUAAAAAUCCAUUUAUCCCUUCCCAUGCUAGUGCUUGCCUCCUGCUAGGUUUUUUUUUUUCUUUUUUCUUUUUUAAGACAUGCUCAGGACAUGUGGAAGUUCCUGGGAUCAAACCCACACCAUAGGGAGUUCCUGUCGUGGCUCAGUGGUUAAUGAAUCCAACUAGGAACCAUGAGGUUGCGGGUUUGAUCCCUGGCCUCGCUCAGUGGGUUAAGAAUCUGGCGUUGCCGUGAGCUGUGGUGUAGGUUACAGACGUAGCUCAGAUCCCAUGUUGCAGUGGCCGUGGUGUAGGGCCGGUGGCUACAGCCCGGAUUAGACCCCUAGUCUGGGAACUUCCGUAUGUGGUGUGUGCUGCCCUAGAAAAAGGCUAAAAAAAAACAAAAAACAAACCCAUACCAUAGCAUGACAACACCAGAUCCUUUACCUGCUGAGCCACCAGGGAACUCCAGAAGAUUCAUUAUUGAGUGAGGAAGCCAAGUAACAUGAGCUCUGUUACUAUCAACCCCUCUUAAAGACCCAGCAUGGUAAUGAGGUACAAAGCAACAUCCAGGUGCAUUCCUAGACAAAAAUGCAUUUCUUUUGCACAAAAGGGUCAAAACUGGGCACACUUUUGUGUGAGAGAAAGUCAUCAAGGAAGACACGGUUGGUGUCAAAGUGGAGAUACAUUCAUGAAGCUUUAUUGCAGUUGUCUCCCUUACCCAGAUGAAGUAACCAGUCACUUUAACUUGCAGCUCUAUUUAUGUUCUCAAGGUGACAAUACUCAGUAACUCCAAAGGCCAAACUGUUAAAGUCUUGGUUUUUAUACAGUGAAGCUGCUUAAGAAAAAUUUAACCUUGUAAAUGGCACUUGGUUCCCAUAAUUAAAACAGUUGCAAAGAGCAUAAAGUGCAGUUACCUUACAUGUAACAAAA